UGAACCAUAGUGAACAAAUACCAGACUUCACAUGUGUCCUUCCAUUUCCAAUUUUCAAACCCUAAAAUCCCCUUUCAACUUCUUCUUCUUCAUACUCUCAAUUCCAUUCCGUACCACAAAUCGAUACUGCUAUCAUCUCUCCUUCAACCAAACCACAACAAUGUCAUUUUCAAUCAUCACUCGUAAUUUUCCAGAAACUCCCAAAUUUCAACAACUUUCAAAACCUAAUUUCAUUCCUUCAACUAAAUCAACAACAAGAACAAAGCUAGACUCUAAAUUUCAUCAUCAAGACCACACUACUCUCAUUUCCACAUUCAAUCAAUUGCUCCGUCAGAACAAGCCUACACCAGAGACAAUCGAAUUUAACAAAAUCUUAACUUCCCUUGUCAAGCUCAAACACUACUCAACUGUUAUUUCACUUCAUCAAAAGAUGGAAUUAAACGAAAUUUACUCAGACUUUGUCACUUUCAAUAUCUUGAUAAAUUGUUUCUCUCAAUUGGGUCAAAUUUCUCUUUCAUUUGCUGUAUUUGCCACUAUUCUCAAAAAGGGUUAUCACCCACAUGUCAUAACCUUUACUACACUCAUCAAAGGUCUUUGUCUCAAAGGUGAGAUCGAUAAAGCAUUGAACUUUCAUCACAAGUUGGUUACACACAGAUUUCAAUUGAAUGAAGUUAGCUACACAACUUUGAUUAACGGGUUAUGUAAAGUUGGAGAAAUGAACAAAGCUAAAGAUAUACUCAACACUAUGGCUAAGAAUGGAGUGCCUCCUAAUGCUUGGAGCUACAAUGCCUUGAUUAAUGGAUUUUGUAAGUUUAAAAUGGUAGAUGAAGCCGUGAAUCUGUUCAAUGAAAUGCGUCGUAGAAUGAUUAUUCCGAAUGUGGUGACUUACAAUUCACUUAUUGAUGGUUUGUGUAAAUCGGGAAGAAUCGAAAAGGCUUUGGAGCUUGUCAAUGAAAUGCAUCGUAGCAAAAUUAUCCGUAAUGCGGUGACUUACACUUCACUUAUUGAUGGUUUGUGUAAAUCGGGAAGAAUCAAAAAGGCUUUGGAGCUUGUCAAUGAAAUGUGUCGUAGCAAAGUUAUCCCUAAUGUGGUGACUUACAGUUCACUUAUUGAUGGUUUGUGUAAAUCGGGAAGAAUCAAAAAGGCUUUGGAGCUUGUCAUUGAAAUGCAUCGUAGCAAAAUUAUCCCUGAUGUGGUGACUUACAGUUCACUUAUUGAUGGUUUGUGUAAAUCGGGAAGAAUCGAAAAGGCUUUGGAGCUUGUCAUUGAAAUGCAUCGUAGCAAAAUUAUCCCUGAUGUGGUGACUUACAGUUCACUUAUUGAUGGUUUGUGUAAAUCGGGAAGAAUCAAAAAGGCUUUGGAGCUUGUCAAUGACAUGCGUCGUAGCAAAGUUAUCCCUAAUGUGGUGACUUACAAUUCACUUAUUGAUGGUUUGUGUAAAUCGGAAAGAAUCGAAAAGGCUUUGGAGCUUGUCAAUGAAAUGCAUCGUAGCAAAAUUAUCCCUGAUGUGGUGACUUACAGUUCACUUAUUGAUGGUUUGUGUAAAUCGGGAAGAAUCGAAAAGGCUUUGGAGCUUGUCAAUGAAAUGCAUCGUAGCAAAAUUAUCCCUGAUGUGGUGACUUACUGUUCUAUAUUGGAUGCUUUGUUCAAAAACCAUCGUGUUGACGUGGCAAUUGCAUUAUUAACCAAAAUUAUAGAGAAGGGUAUUCAGCCAAACUUGCAUACAUACACUAUUCUUAUACAUGGAUUGUGUAUAAAUGGAAGACUGGAGGAUGCCAGAAAGGUUUUUGAAGAUCUUUUGGUCAAAGGCUACAAUCUAGAUGUCUAUACAUAUAAUGGUAUAAUCAAGGGAUUUUGCAACGAGGGCUUGUUUGAUGAAGCAUUGACCAUUUUAUCAAAAAUGGAAAUGAAUGGUUGCAUUCCUGAUGAUAAAACUUAUGAAACAAUUAUUCGUUCCCUCUUUGAAAAAGGUGAAAAUGAUAAAGCAGAGAAACUUCUUCAUGAAAUGAUUGAGAGAGGUCUAUUAUAUAAUCAAAACUAGGUAAUUUUUUUUUUCUAUUUAUACAUUAAUAUUAUUUUCACUUUGUUUCAACAUCAUUUCAUUUAUGUAGCUGCUUAACCUAAUGGGUAAAAAGGCUUAAGUUAUUGUUGUUUCUUUUGUUCAGUGUUUUUAUAAUUGACAAACUGAUAGAUUGGUGAGAUAAUGAGUAGUGACUAGUGAGGUAGUGAGUGUUAUAGAGAGAUGGUAGGGAAAAGUUUGUCACGUAGUUGGGUAUGGAUAUUUUCCCUAAGGAGCAUAUGCUCUGAUCGUUGAUGUUCUUGUAUGAUAAGAAGGGAUAAAUACAUACCAGUUGUAUAUAUUUACAGGAUUGGUAGUGCAUCUUAUCCAUGCUCCUCAAUGAAAAUCAAUCUUUGAAAAUGGUGUAACAAAAUUGUUGGUAGACUUCUGUGUGCAUCAGUUAAAAAGGCUGUUGGUGAGACUAUUGUUCCCGCUACUGAUAUAUCAAAAAGCAGUACUACAGAAAAGCACAAAAAGUUUGUUUCCAUGUGAAUUUGCACAACUCUUCCAAUCAGGAUUUGUUCUCAAGCUGGUGAUGAUGACCAUCAGAAGUUCCAACCUCUAGGCUGCUAGAAUUGUUAUGAUUUGCUUCAGCUGAGGAUAUGAUUUGACAUGUAAACGAUGACCGUGUUUCUCACUCUUCCUUGCUUCAUCUACAUGCACAUCAUCUUCAACUUAUUUUCAGAUAUGCUCAUGAACCCAUAUCGCAGUAUAAAUGUUUCUACUGCACAAUCAACCACUACGACAUUUUGGAAGUGAAGUGGAGGAAACUAACCAAAAUAGCAUUGCAUGCACCACAACCUUAGUCCAGUCACUGAGUUGUUCCCUUCUUCAUUGAUUCUGAUACACAAUUUGAGGAAUUGCAAUUCUCAGAGACAGAACACAAAGACAAUGAUGAAGAAGGAACACGAAGAUGACUGAAAAUGAAGACGGCGAUUAACAAUUUCAAGCUUCAGAUCAGAGAUUUUUCUGAGAAGCUUCGGCAAUUCUAUCACAUGUAUUUUAUUUUGAAAGACUAUCCCAUGUUUGUUGAAAAGUCGAUUAUGAUGAAGACAUAAGGAUUAAGAAUUAGAGUGAUUUUGGUAAGGUUCUUCCGAAUCGGAGUGAUUUUGACACGGUUCUACUCAGUGAAAGUGAGAGAAAGAAGGAGAGGUGAAGAUUAGUGAUUUUGACUUUUGACAGAUAGAUAAAACAACUAUGGUCAAAGGCCAAAGGCAACAGAAUGAAAAUAGUUAUCAUUACAUCAGUAGUCAUGCUUAAUUUUUCUCAAGGUUGCUUGUUUUUCUCAAGGUUACAUUACAUCUAGAAAAAUAUUAUCAGUAGUCAUGCUUCUAGUUCUAUGGCAAAUUUUUUGAGUUUAUCUUGGCCAACUUUAUGCAAGUUGAGAAGUUUUAUUUUAGAUAUCAAUAAA